CCCCCCCCCCUCUUCGCACCAGCUUCCCGUCCGAGAAAGGGUUACACUCUAUAACAGAUCAUCAACAUACGGACAACCGAUUACUUCUUACAUCGUCCUCCCUCUUCUGGACUUCACUUACAGGACGUCCGGUUUCAUCCAACCACCAACCAAAACAAACACUACACAUAUAAACCAAGCUUCACAUCACAUCUCAGCAGCCAUGCUGUGCAUACUACCAGACGAGCUCCUGCUCAUCACAGGUGUAACCGGCCAUGUCGGCUUCGCCGUCCUCGUCCACGCGCUGAGGGCUGGCCACACCGUCCGCUGCGCCGUCCGCUCAGAGGCCAAGGCCGACUUCAUCCGCUCCCGCCCCCAGAUCCGCGCCCUCUGCCUCGCGCGCGCCAGGCUCAACUUCACCAUCGUGCCCGACAUCACGGCCGACGGCGCAUACGACGACGCCAUCCGCGGCGUCUCCUCCGUCAUCCACGUGGCCUCGCCCAUCGCGACGGCCGACUCGGUGCCCCGCGAGCUGCACCAGGAAUACUUCAUCCAGCCCGCCGUCCGCGGCACCCUCGGCAUGCUCGAGGCGGCCAAGCGCGCCGGCACCGUCCGCCGCGUCGUCAUCACCAGCUCCAUAGCAGCCCUCGCGUCGGUGGACCAGAUGGAGGGCCGCGAGCGCCGCGCGACGCCCGUCCAGCCCGACGAGCGGACGGGCUUCAGGCCCGAGCCGUACGAGAGCGAGUUCGCCGCCUACGCCGCGUCCAAGGUCGCCGCCCUCAAGGGCGCCGAGGCCUGGAUCGCCCGCGAGCAGCCCCGCUUCGAGGUCGUCCACCUGCACCCGUCCUUCGUCAUCGGCCGCAACGACAUCGCCACGACGACCAACGAGGCCAUCAAGGGCACCAACGCCGUCAUCCUCGCCACCCUGCUCGGCAAGAAGUGGGGCUGCAGCUUCGCCGGCGCCACCGUCCACGUCGACGACGUCGCCCGCGCCCACGUCCAGGCCCUCCGGCCCUCCAUCCCGGGCAACCGGAGCUACAUCCUCAGCACCAAGACGCGGUGGAACGACGCCAAGCUCAUCGCCAAGAGGGGCUUCCCCGAGGCCGUCGAGCGCAAGCUCGUCUGCAGCAGCGGCUCCGUCGGCACCGUCAACAUCGACUUCGACGCCUCCGCCACCGAGGCCGUCUUCGGCUUCCGCCUGCAGGGCUUCGAGGACCAGGUCAGGAGCGUCGUCGCCCACUUUGUCGAGCUGCGCCUGAAGCGCCCGUCCUUCCCUUCCGUCGAGUCCUCGCCCAUGGGCGCGAUGGGCAAGCACCUGAGGCCGGAGAUCACCGCGGCAUAGACGGAAGCUGUUAUACACGCGCCACUUUUCUCUUUCUUUUCUAUCAUGACGACGCUUAUGAACAUUUCUUAUCUCCGCGCGGGAGACGAGGCAUUUUUUCUUUUUCUUUUUUUCACUUCUUCACGGAUACACUUUGGAGAGCAGAUUCAGGGGGGAGAGAAAGAAAGCAGGCCAAAACAUUGCGACGGCACGAGACGGGGCACGGGUGUUUACUUUUCGGGGGGAUAUUGGGCUCAUCUGAGGAGGAGGGGGAAGCUUAGACGAGCGGUUCGAUUCUAUCGGGAUACCCAGCGGCUAGAAACCGCUAUUUUUUUAACAAACUUUUCAAGUUUAUAUUCUUAACCAGUCAAAUAAGAACAUAAGAAACCA